AUGCUGGCCCUCAUCGUCCUGUUCGCUGCUCUUGUGGCGGCAGUAUACUACAAUGUCGUCGAGCCCCUGUUCCUAGAUCCCAAAAGCAAGAUCCCUGGACCGAAGUUGUUCGCUCUAACCAAAUGGCGUUUGGCCCUGGAGGACUUCAAAGGCACUAGAACGAGAACAAUUCAUGCGCUACAUCAAGAAUACGGUCCAAUCGUGCGCAUCGGUCCCAACGAAGUUCAUUGCAACAGCCUCAAUGCUCUUCGUACCAUCUACGGAGCCGGAAGUGGUUUCGAAAGAACAUGGUUCUAUCGCAUGUUCGAUGUGUAUGGGAAACAGAACUUGUUUACCUUUGAGUCCGUCAAAGACCACAGUGAACGCAAGAAACUGGUCGCCAACGCGUACUCGAAAUCUCUGAUGCUCAAAGGGCCUGCAGCUCGAAUGGUGCAGGAGAAGGUCACCCAAUACUUGUCACUACUCAAGACGCAAGGAGAGCGGCCACAGGAGAUCUUCAGCACUCUCCAUUACUUCUCCCUCGAUGCUAUCACUCAUUUCCUUUAUGGCCCUUCUCAUGGUGGCACUUCUGCGCUCAAAGGCAAUGCUCAACAUCGCGCUCUGCUCAACGAUAUCGUGGAUCCGACCCGCCGCUACUUGAGUUGGUUUGCUGUUCAUCUGCCUAGAUUGACCAAAUGGAUGUACUCGCGUGAAGGUCUGCUAGAACGCCUGCUUAGACCAAUAUUGCCCAUGCAGAAACCAACCACCUAUACUGGAAUUCGCAAGCACGCGCUCGAAGCUUUCCACGGCUUCAAAGAUGCAGCAGAGACCAAGUUGGAUAUCUCAGCCUCAGAAUCGAGUAUUGUAUCACGAUUAUGGACUUCGCACGAGAGUGUCAAGGGAUCAGGUCCCCGCUCUUUGGAUUCUCUUGACAUCGCAUCAGAGUGUGCAGAUCACUUACUCGCCGGCAUCGACACGACAGCAGACACACUAAUGUUCCUGAUUUGGGCGUUAUCUCAACCGCAAAACUCGCAUAUUCAGAAACGAUUGGUUGAAGAAGUGCGCUCGAUACCAGAAAACGGCUUCGAAGAUGGCAUGCCUAGACUCGAUGUCAUCGACAAAUUGCCAUAUCUGGAUGCCGUGAUAAAAGAAACAUUGCGCCUUUACGCCCCACUACCGGCCUCAGAGCCUCGCUCGCUACCUACCAACUGCGUUAUCGAUGGCUAUAAGAUUCCUGCGCGCACUAUAGUCAAUAUGUCGCCAUACUCUCUGCAUCGCAAUGCUGAUGUCUUCGACUCGCCACUGACAUUUGACCCCGAGCGAUGGCUCGGACCAGCGGAUAAAGUGAGCUUGAUGAAUAGAUGGUUCUGGGCUUUCUCAAGCGGUGGCAGGAUGUGUAUAGGAGUACACUUGGCCAUGGCAGAAAUGACGGCUUUGACUGUAGGCAUCUAUCGCGAGUACACUACAUCCAUUGCUCCAGGUUUCGAAAACAAGACUCCGGGAAUCACUUCUCGAUUUGAGGUCUUCUACGAUGAGACCUUCCCGGAGAUAGCAGAACAUACGUGCAUGAUUCAAUUUACGAAGACAGCAUCUUGA